CAACUGCAGCUCCGAUUUGACCCCUGGCCUGGGAACCUCCACAUGCCCGGGUGCAGCCCUUAAAAAAAAACUGACAAAAAACCCCCCACCUCAGCUCAGAGUUCCCUCUGUAGCACAAGGAGUUAAAAUCUGACUGAAACUGACCGCACUAACGUCCUGAAGCUAGCCAGAACCCAGAUUGGGACUUGAACCCAUGGUUAUAAAUUAGAAUCAUUCACCCGGUAUCUGGACUCACUGAGUUCAGGUUCUUUAUGCCUCCGUGCAGAAGGAAUUUAGUAAGAAACAAAGUGAUAGGCAAGAAAUUGCUUUAGAUAGGGUGCUUGUGAGAGAUGCAAGCGGGCAGGCAGGGAGGCUCUGCUACAGUUUAAUCAUCCAAGAGAAGAGGGGGUCGGAAAAGGCUGUCUCUUCCUCUUUCUUUGAGCAGUAGCUCCUCCUUAGCAUCCCAUAAAGCAUGUGGGAUAGUCAGAAAGGUAGUCCUCAAACUCCUGCCCUUGGUUUGAAUCCAAAUGUAGGCCUCACCCCAUCCCCCACCCAAGGACCUGAGGCAAUUCUCCCACCUCCACUAGUCAAGCAAGCCUGCCUUGUUCAGGCUCACCCUGACCCCAGGUCCUGGUGGGCUGUGGUCUGCAUGCAGCCACACCGCCCUCUCAGAGGCAGGAAGAGCCCGGUGCAGCCAUGUUUGUGGCACGCAACAUCGAUGCGGACCACAAGGAUUUCACCCACGAUGUGAAUUUAAACUUUCACAGGUGGCAGAUGGCCACCUGCUCCAGCGACCAGAGUGUCAAGGUCUGGGACAAAACUGAAAGUGGGGAUUGCCAUUGCAUUGCUAGCUGGAAGACACAUAGUGGAUCGGUGUGGUGUGUGACGUGGGCCCAUCCUGAAUUUGGCCAGGUUUUGGCUUCCUGUUCUUUUGACCGAACAGCUGCUGUAUGGGAAGAAAUAAUAGGAGAAUCAAAUGAUAAACUGUGAGGAUACAGCCACUGGGUAAAGAGGACAUGGCUAGUGGACAGUAGGACAUCUGUUACCCAUGUGAAGUUUGCAUCCAAGCAUAUGGGUCUUAUGUUAGCCACUUGCCCUGCAGACAGUAUAGUAAGAAUAUAUGAGGUACCAAAUGUCAUGAACCUCAACUAGUGGUCUCUGCAGCAUGAGGUUUCCUGCAAGCUAAGCUGCAGUUGCAUUUCUUGGAAUCCUUCAAGCUCUCGCUCCCCUGCCAUGAUCGCAGUGGGCAGCAACAACAGUAGUCCUAAUGCAAUGGCCAAGGUGCACAUUUUCGAAUAUAAUGAGAACGCCAGGAAAUAUGCCAAAGCCAAAACCCUCAUGACAGUCACAGAUCCUGUCCAUGACAUUGCUUUUGCUCCAAACUUGGGGAGGUCUUUCUACAUCCUAGGCAUAGCAAUCAAAGAUGUGAGAAUUUUUACACUAAAGCCUGUGAGAAAAGAACUUAUUUCUCCCAGUGGGCCAACCAAAUUUGAAAUCCAGGAGGUGGUUCAGUUUGAUAAUCAUAAUUCCCAGGUCUGGCAAGUGAGCUGGAAUAUAAUAGGGACAGUGCUGUCGUCUCAGAGACAUGGCUGUGUACAACUGUGGAAAGCUAACUAUAUGGACAACUGGAAGUGCACUGGGAUUCUGAAAGGUAAUGGGAACCCUGUCAGUGGGAGUUCUCAGCAGGGAAAUACAAAUCCUUCCCUAGGUUCAAAUAUCCCAAAUCUGCAGCAUUCACUAAAUGAAUCUUCUGCUGACAGAAAGCACAGCUGAGUACCAGCUAACUGGAGUAACUGCUGUUUUGCUGCUUGUUGCAUUCACACAGGAAUGGAAAGCAAGCUCCUUUUCCCUUUCCCAGCACCAUUUGAUCUCUCCCAAGAUACACCAGCAGCUUGCUUACUACUAAACACAAUCCAAAAGGCCUUUAAAAAUACAGUGUACAUCAUUUUUUUUUGUACUAGCGAGUUUAUUGACACUAUUUGAUACUUUUGAAAUAUAAAUGGAGAGGCUUUUUGUUGGGACAUUGUGACCAAAACAAUUUUUUUGAAAUGUUUCUGAAACUAACAUGGAUUUUAAAAUUAAAGGAUUGUUACCAUCCUCAGUUGCUGGGAGGAGGGAAAAUUAAAAAAAAAAUCCUGCCUUGUUCUGAUGGCUUUCUGGAGCAAUUAUUAACUUAUAGUGGUCUUCCAAAGUCCCCUAGGUUUCCAUCUCUAUCUGUGGUCCUUUGAAGACAAUCAUGGUUCUUUGGGCUGGCAGUUUGGGUUCAGAUCAGCUGAGUGGUUCUUUUGCUAGACUUACCUGGGCUCACUCAUGCAGAGGCUGUCAGUUUGUGACUUGGCUGGGACUGGAUGGUCUAGAAUUCCCUUGCUCAUUUGUCUGGAUGUUGGCAAACUGUCAGCCAGAGCAUCUCCUUUCUUUUCUAUGUGACCUCUCCAGCAGGCUUGCCUGGGCUUCUUCCCCUGCUUGUCCCUGGGUUCUUAGUAGCAAGAGAGAGCAAGCCCCAGUGGCCAGAUGCUUUUUAGGCUUCUGCCUGUAUCAUGUGUGAAAACAAGUCACACUGCUGCCCAGAUUCAGGGGGUGGAAAAGAAAGACUCUACGUCUUGCUGAGAAGACCCGCAGUGUCAUAUUGCCAUGAAGCAUCCAGACACAAAGAUGGCAAGAAUGUCUGACAGUUAUUUGUAAUCUACCUACCUUUGCUGAUGGGAAUAUUUUUGUUUUUAUUGAUUUUCAUGAAAGAAAUGUCAAAUGUACACCAACAUUCAAACAUACUCUAAAGUAGAAAGAAAAUACAUUAAACUUCUCAUAUGCCCGUUGCCUGGAAUCAACAGUUCUCAUUCUUCGGCUGCAUUUUUGUCUCUAAAAAUUUUUCUUUUUCUUUCUGCUGAAGUAUUUUAAAGCACGUCCCCAAAAUUAUGCUGUUUCAACUCUGCAUGUUUCAAUAUGCGUCUCCUCAGAAAGGAUACUUUACAUAGUCACAUGCCAUUAUCACAUCUUGGUAUCAUCUAACACUUAGCCCAGAAUUAAAUGUCCCCAGUUGUCUCAAAAAUGUCUUUUUACAACAUGUAGGUUUCAAAAGGAGUCCAUCCACAUAAGGUCCAUAGCAGUCCCAACUUGCUUUUCUUUUCUUUUUUACUAUUGAUUUGUUUUGAAAACUGGUCAGUUUUCUUGUAUAGAACCUCCCACAUUCGGUAUUUGUCUCGGUUUCCUUGUGGAGUCAUUUAACCUGCAACUCCAUCUCUUUGCAUUUCUGUUUAUGGAAGUCACCUUCUAUGUGAAUCUCAUUCAGGUGCCACUCUGGGGGCAGUUCUUUGUUGAGAGUACUGACCAUGUGCUUCCAGUCCUAUUACAGAGGCUUGCCUUUUAAUGAUGUUGACAUUGAUGGAUGGGUUGAUCCUUUGAUGAUCAUUACCCGCAUCUGUUAUUUCAGUGUUACAACAAGAUAAUAAUUUCCUAAUUCUGUCAUUCCUUCCAGAUUUGUUAGCUGGAGUUCCUUUUUUCUUUAAUGAGAAGCUUUCCCUCAUCAGUUAGUUAUUUGGUUAUCUGCAGUAGUGUUCAGACAGAAUGUAUUCUUUCCUUUUAACUGACAAUUUACAGAAUAAAGAUUGGUGCCUGAGUCACAUCUAGAGAUGCUCAGUAGGCAGUUUUUUGGAGGGGAUGAUCUCUUGAUUAUUUACUCUCUUUUUUGAUAUUACAGCCAUACCUCAGAGAUAACAAAGGUUCUAAUCGAGAUCAUGGCAAUAAAGUGACUCAGAUGAAUUUUCUGGUACACAAUACUGUAGUCUUUUAGGUGUACAAUAAUACAAUGUCUGAAAAAAAAUGUUAAUUGCCUUAAUUUAAAAAUACCAGAUUGCUUAAAAAUGCUAACCACCAUCUGACAAUGCAGGGUUGCCACAAACUUACAGUUUAUAAAAAACACAAUAUCUGGAG